AUGGGACGCUUUGAGUUGUUCAUGGGGUGGCACCAAGUCUUCAAUGACACCUCCUCUGCCGAGUACAGAAGCCUUGUCCGCAACAUCACCAACGCUGCUUCAAGCAUCAGGAGCAGCUGUUAUUGGCUACAAGCUAUUGUUUUCAAGUGCACCCACUGCAGCUCAGCAGAUGAUGUUCCUAAAUUUCACAAACACCGUCAAGACAACUGGUCUUAUUGUUGGCGUGUGAUAACCCGCGGUUACAAUGGAACAGAUUCUGCACGCCACUGUAUGAACAACUCCAUGUGUGGAAAUGGUUACUGUAGCAACAACAGAUGUGUUUGUAACCAAGGUUACUGGGGUCCCCGUUGUCAGAACAGCUCGCAUUCAACCAACAGUUCAUGUUCCAUCACAUGCUACAAUGGAGGAAGUUGUCUGCAGAGUAAUGGUUUGAGCUUCUGUAUGUGUUCCAAUGGUUACACAGGAUACCAGUGCCAGUCAAGAAUGUCUCACAAUACUACAGGCCAGUGUAUGAACAAUUCCAUGUGUGGAAAUGGUUACUGUUCAAACAACAGAUGUGUUUGUAACCAAGGUUACUGGGGCAAAUACUGUCGUAACAGCUCUCGCACAGUUUAUGUGAUGUGUGACGGCUGUCAUAAUGGAGGGACCUGUGUGUUUCGCAAUGGUAGCUUGAGCUUUUGUAUGUGCACCAGGGAGUUUUCUGGAUUGUCCUGUGAGCUCAGGCUCAACUCAACAGAUCUGUGUCAAAACAUGACUUGCUACAAUGGGGGAUCCUGCUACCGUAUGGGAAACUCUAGCUCCUGCAUGUGUCCUCCAAGUUAUACAGGAUACAUGUGCGAGACAUGGAUGCCAAACAUCAACAGGACUGGUAUGUGCCCACCGAGGAACAGCACCAUGAUGGGCACCUGUAUGGAGGCCUGCACAUCUGAUGCCAGCUGUCCUGGAGUAGAGAAGUGCUGCUCUAAUGGAUGUGGUCACACUUGUCAACAACCUGUCUACUAUCACAAUCCUUGUCAAAACAUGACUUGCUACAAUGGGGGAUCCUGCUACCGUAUGGGAAACUCUAGCUCCUGCAUGUGUCCUCCAAGUUAUACAGGAUACAUGUGCGAGACAUGGAUGCCAAACAUCAACAAGACAGGUAUGUGCCCACCGAGGAACAGCACAAUGAUGGGCAUCUGUGUGGAGGCCUGCACAUCUGAUGCAAACUGUACUGGAGUAGAGAAGUGCUGCUCUAAUGGAUGUGGUCACACUUGUCAACAACCUGUCUACUAUCACAAUUCUACUGGCUACUGCACGUACAAUACUGAGUGUAACAAUGGUUACUGUGCCAACAACAGAUGUAUGUGUCACCAAGGUUACUAUGGCUACCGUUGUCAGCACAGCUCCCAUUCAACCAACAGUUCAUGCUCUCGCCCAUGUUACAAUGGAGGAAGUUGUAUGCGGAGUGGUGACAUGAUCUACUGUUACUGUAACGAUGGAUACACAGGAUUCCAGUGCGAGUCAAGAAUGUCAAGUGGAAAUGAUACAGUGAAAGCCUGCGUCCCCUUGGUGGAAUAUUCAGGUUUAGUUGAUGUGGUUACCAACUGCCUAACUUUCACCAUGGCAUUGAACGCAACGAAUUUCAACUCUUCUGGUGUGUGCAGGCUGUAUGCUGCAUCAGUUGCGUGUGCAAGGGAAGGAAUUUCCGGAAGAGCCACUAUAACUGUUCAUUUAUGGAACUUUCUGCCCAGAUAA